AUGGGCUCUCACUUUCUGUCUCUCUCGUUUGUCCUUAUAGGCAAUAAGUUCUCUCCUGCAUGUGCUGGGGCACUGCUAUCUUGUGUCUGGGUUUACGCCCUCAUCUUUGCAGUGGCCCCUCUGGCCAACUGGGGCAGCUAUGGGCCAGAGCCCUACGGGACAGCUUGCUGCAUCAAGUGGAAAGUGUCCACCAGAGAAACGAAGUUCUACAUUGGGGCCCUCUUUGUCUUCUGCUACAUCAUUCCUUGCCUCCUGAUCCUCAUCUCUUACUCCCUCAUCCUUUGGACUGUGAAAGUGUCCCGAAGAGCCGUCAGGCAACACAUGUCCCCAAGGACCAAAGCCAACAGCGUCCACACUCUGAUCGUUAAGGUAAGAGAACUAGAUUGGGAACAAAGGCAUAGAUGGGCGCAUUAUUGUUAUAACCAUCACCAUGUGUAAGUGUAACCUUCAGGUUUUUCCCUGAUGUCUUAAAACUCCCUUGUGCUGGGGUCGCCAGUGUGACGCCAGCCAGCACCUCCUGCAGUGGCUCUGAAUGGUCUCAGUAAAUACCAUGUCGAAAAUCCACAGGGCAUGAGAAACUGCUUUCUCUUUCCAAUCAGUGCCUGUUUCUUUUUCUCUCUUUUUUUGGGAAAUAAUUUUUAUUUGAUUUUACAAAUACAAAGUUAUAAAAAUCCAAACAUAUAUCCAUAUACAGAGAUUGCUCCGAAUCUCACAACUUACCCUCACCCCCUCCAUGGGGUCCCAUUUUGAACAUUUGCAAUUGCAUAUUCUUCCAUACACUAACUUUUAUAUCAAUCCAUACGGUCCGUGGUAUUUGUUACACUACAAGUGGAAUCAAAAUCCUGCCAACGUUUCCAUCUGCUUAAAGCGGUCUCCUAAAUAACUUCCAAGUUUUUCCCAUUCUUUUUUAAAGUUUUUGACCUCUUGGUUCCUGAGUUUUCCAGCCAGUUUUGCCAAGCUGAUGGACUACGCCGAAAUGGCAGCCAGUGCCUGUUUCAUACCCAUCAACAACUUGAGUGCCAAAACCAGGACACACAUCUUCCCGUCUGAGCUCCUGCAUGAGUCAUGUGACCUGUGCAAGAUCACAGAGCUGAGAAAGAUGUGCUUUUUCAGGGCCGUGCUCACAAAAAUGCACAUUUUGGGGAGCUCCAUGAGAUUGUGGCCCCCCAAAAACGCUUUUUCCCCAGGUGAAAUUGCACAAGAUUUUGGCACCCAAAAUGGCCGCCGUGCUCUCGUGUGAGAAAACAGAAUGUACCCCCCUUUUUUUGCAGGACACUUGGCGGGUUAUGCUGUUUGUGCUGGCUCAGGCUACAUUCACACCAAACAUUUCAAUUUAAAUUUUAAAUCUUAAUUAUACCAACUUCUUAUAUUCAUAAUGUUCUUUCAUGAUUCUUUAAUAGUUUUUAAUUAUCCCAGCAAAUCCUUUCCUUCUAUUAUAAAAUAAACUUUAAAAUUUAAAAUUUAGAUCUUGACUUUACCCACUUCUUAUAUUCAUAAUGUUCUUUCAUAAUUCUUUAUACAUUUUUGCUAAAGCCAGGUAAAUUCUUCCAACAUUUUCCUAUCAUUCAUUUUUCUCUCAUUCUAUCAUUCAUCAGCUUUAUAAAACAUUCUAUUAAUUAAAAAACAAAAAAAAACAAAAAAAGAGAAAGAAGCAUAUAAUCAAGUCCAAUCUUAAUCCAACGUCCCUUCCUCCUGGUUUCGGGAUUUGUCAGUCCUUAUUCAUCAAACUAACCCGGUGACCUUAUGUCCGAGGCCCUCAAGUCACUUCCAUGGCCCUUCCGCAGCUUUUCUUCAUAUUUGUGGCUGUAGUCACUUGCUCGUAGUAGCUCCAACUUAAUAGUGCUUUUAACCCUUCUCAUCAGAUCAGAUCCUUUUCCCUGUUCAUCGCUGCAUUCCAUGUAGUAUUUAAGAGCAUACUUCAAGGGCCCCCCAAAUUUGUGGACCCCCACAUUUCCAAACAUGUCGCAGCCUGUUACUGAAUUUAAAAAGUCCAAAUAUCCCAACAUAGGGGGGUCAAUCCAGCCCCCCAUUUCCAAACCACACCGAACUUUCCCUUCCCAUAUCUGAUUUUUCCCAAAUUCCAUUAUCAAGUCCGAAGGAUCAAGCUCCUGUUGAGACUGUUCUGUCAAGCCACACUCCUGAUUUAAUGCCACAAACCCCUGUUCUGUCAAAACACACUCCUGGUUUGAAUCCUGGAUAGACUCCACAUCUAUUCCCACAGUUUGAUCAACGCCUUCCACUGCCAGUCCGAGAUUUCCAGUCGACUUGGCCAUCUGGUUCACCUUAUCAUGUAGUUCUUCCAGUAGAAUAUUUGUUUCUUUGAGCAGGCAAACCACAGCUUCUGAAAACAUUGUUGCACUCUCCCACGGUUCUUUGUAACAACUGUCAAGUCCUUGGCAUUUAGUUACAGUUUCUAAAGCUCCCCCUAAGGGGAAGACUUAUAUUUGUUUCUGAUACAUUUCCAUGUUACUUAAAAUCCUUUAUCCUUAUAUAUUCGUUUAAAGUGCGAAAGGGAACAAUAGAGUCACAAAAAUUCUCUUCUUUUAACCAUCUGACACACACAGAUACCUUGAUUUGUUCACGUCAGUCCUGACUUCCCCGCUCCAGGAUCAGGACGAAAAUAACUUCCUUUUACUGCUUCAAAUAGUCCAAAAAAAUAUUCCCAAUUUAAAAUGUUGGAUUCCACUCUUUUGAGAGCAAUUUUCAAAGCUCUAGUACAAUUUGACUUUGCUUUGUUAUAUUUACAAAAGAACGGAAGGGUGACUUCCUGUUUAGCCCUUACCGCUCCGUACCAAAUUCAAUCAAUUUUUCUUUCUUUUUUUUAUAGUCCAAUUCUGCCCUUUUCACUAAUCUUCCUUUAGUAUCCCAAUUUGUCCAAAUUCUGGGUACUCACGGAUAUUUGUUUUAAAGUCCGAAUUGUCCAGGAAAAAAGGCAGCGCUCUCCGGCAACAGCUACGCGGCUUCACUCCACAAAGAAGCAGACGACUCGCAGCACAGCGCCUUCACUUCCCCGCUCUGUUCCGGAGCCCGUUGCCGGGUUCCUUUGCAGACCGGGGGCGCAAACACACACCAAACAUUUUAAAACACCGGCUUCUCCCAAGGAGUUCUGGGAGCUGCUGUUCGUUGAAGGUGCUGAGAGUUGCUAGGAGAACCCUGUUCUCCUCAGAGAAAUGCAAUCCCCAGAGCGGUUUAACAAUCAAGAAUUGGAGCUUUUAGUUGGAGUCCACCCUGUGGCUUUCCAGAUCUUGUUGAACUACAAGUCAUCCCUGACCAUGGACUGAGCUGGCUGGGGCUGACGGGAAUUGAAGUCCAACAUAAACUUCCAUAUGGGCACAUAAUGUUCGAUGGCAGCCAUUUGCUUGCUUCUAAAUAGUGCAUCUGAUUUCCAUGGCAUCCUCACCACAGGUAGAAAUGCAGCCUUUGGUCCUUACUUGUGCUGACAGUUUGUUCUCUCAGAACCCCUUGGGGACAAAGUAUAACAAAUCUCCAGCACAGAGUAUUAUUACUUUUUUCAAAAAAAAGUUUCACCCACACAUAUUUCCUGUAUGCCAUAUGGUGGCGGGUGGGGGAGCAGGGAAGUGAUACAUGCUCUGGAGUGAGCAAAAGUAAAAUAUAACCGGGCUCUUCUAUCACACCAGGAUGAUUUGCUCACUCAUGUUGCACGGCUGUCUGUCACGACUUGACAACUUAAUUUAACUGUGCAUACACCUUACCCUCCUGAUUUGCAAGCGUUUUGUCAUCGGUAGAUUAAGGGCUGCUUAUCUGAAAAAGAAGAGGAGCUCCAGGGCUUGUUUAUAAUCCAGCCGAGUGCACUAACCAAUUCACAGGUUCAGUUAAUUAACUCAUUAAUUACAGACUAAUGCAAUUAAUAUACACAUGCACAGAAUAUUAUUUGCAGCCGCAAUGUAUAGCUCCUCAUCAGAGGUGAGAGAGGUCGGUUUGCCGGCUUGCUUUUCUUUUUUUGCAGGCAGCUGGUGCUAUUUGAUGGUAUCCUGCUUCUAAGGUGAGAUAAUUAAAAAGCAAACUAGUUUAUCAUACACGAGGAAGGGUCGUAGCUCAGAGUUGGAACGUCUGCUAUGCAUGCAGAUAUUCAAUCCCUGGCUUCUCCAGGCAAGGCUGGGAAUGUCCCCUGCCUAAAAUCCUGGAGAGACCCUGCCAGUCAGUGUAGACAAGUACUGAGCUCCAUGGAUCAGUGGCCUGACUCAGUAAAUGGCAACUUCCUAUGUUCCUAUUGGACUCACUGGGUUGCUGGGUUCAAGGAGUUGAUUUUCAAAAUUAUGUCCUUUCCUCUGGAAAGACGCUUGCCCACAUUGGAUGAAAGCGACACUUAAAAAAGGAGAAACCCUCACUCCCCUCCUUCAUUGUGCUGAUACUUGCAUAAUUCCCUUCCGUGAUACGGACUGCAGCAGAUUAAUCUCGCACCAGCACCUCCUUGGGCAUAUUACCUACCUAAAAACUGGAUUAAUCUGCAUCCUCUCCCCGGGGGAAAUGCAGUUCUGUGAGGAAGUUAUGAACGUUUAACAAAGAACUCUCAGCACUCUCAUCAAACCACAGUUCCUUGAAUUCUUCACAGAAGCUGGGAAAAUCCCAUUCCUUUAAAACUAAGUGCUCAUCCGCACAGGAGUUUAACAUGGAUUAGAAGCUGCUUUAUCUCAAGGUUUGUUGUUGUUGCAUCCACAUUAUGUCCUCAUCUAAGCAGAAGUCUGCACUCCCUCCUCUCUGCUUAAAUUUUAAUUUUCCCAAUCUGCAGAUAAGCCUCUGUCUGCCUGGACAUUAUUUGCCCUCGCAGUGUGUUCCUUAGUGGGCUGCUGGCUCUAUAUUUUGCGGAGCUGGGUGAAGUACACAUUUUUGUUUUAAAUGGUUUUGUGUCUAAUAUAAGUUUGGAGUGCAUUUCUCUAUGUGUGUGUGUUGUGAGCUGCAGAGCUUUGUACUGAUUCAUCGCAAUAUCUGCAGAUCUUACAGUGACUCCUUGCCAAUAUGCCAUGACGCUCCACAUGCAGAGCCAGAUUAAUACAUGUGCGGCAAAUGGUGUAUGAGCAUACCGGAGUCAAAUUCGACAGUGGAUGAGCCACGGAGUCUUGGCAUGGGGUAAAGUGCCUGCAGGCUGUUCUACCAUUUUUAAAUUGGUUGUUGUUAUGUACUGAAGUUCUCACCCUGGGCCAGCAGGGGGAUACUGUAGAUAGUUUUCACUCAGGUCCACAUAUGCAAAUAAGGGAUUGAAAGUGACGUUCAGUGAUUGGAUAGUUACAGAAAGUGUUACAGUUGUGUUGUAGUGGAGCUCUGUAUAAGCAGGCUGGCUGAACCCUUCAGUUCAGUUCUGUUCUGGCCUGUGAAUAAACAAGAGCUGUUUGAAGAAUCGCUGUGUCGUCUGAUAUGUUCACCCACAACUUAACAGUUGUCCUCUCUCUCUUCCAGCUUAGUGUUUCUGUGUGCAUUGGAUUUCUUGCUGCUUGGACCCCCUACGCUAUUGUUGCCAUGUGGUCAGCAUUCGGCGACGCCAGCCAGGUGCCCGUCCUGGCCUUUGCCCUCUCUGCUGUGUUUGCCAAGUCUUCGGCAACCUACAACCCUCUGGUUUAUCUGUUCUUCAAGCCCAACUUCCAGAAGUUCCUUUCCAAGGACCUCUCCCUGUUGCAAGCUGUCUGCACCGUCUUCUGCUGCAGCCGGCCAAGGGUUAUCACCCUCCAGUCCUUCCACACCCGAGAUGGCCGGGCUUCCAUGAAGUUCUCCACCGCUUUUACCGACCACCGUGGAUCCUGCAGGAACUGCACAGACACUUUUGAAUGUUUCAGUAACUAUCCCCGGUGCUACAGGCUCUCUCCGAAGUCGGACACGACCGCCAAGGCCAAGCCGCUGGCGAUCCUGGCAGACGGAACGACUUGCCGGCCAAGUCUGAAGAGAACCGUGCAGGUCAUGGUGCUCGUGACGAGGAAGAAGACCGGGAUGGGGACUAGGAGUGUGGCUGGGGAUGUUCUGCCUUCAAAUAUUGUCAGAGAUCUUAUGUGA